ACUUUUUGUCCCUCAGUCAAUAACCCAACGUAACAGAGCAUGUGCAAAUCGAAAGGUGAAGCAGAUAGCUAGGUCAAUUAUAAACAUUGAUAAUAACUAUCUAGCUUCUUGUCGUACUUGAUUAAUGCUCGCAAGAAGGAGAUAUUCUUCAAAGUAUAUAUUUAAGUGUUUCAGGUGGAUAACAGAAAGAAGAGGCCCAACAGGAUGGCCAGUGUGCUCUGUAACAGAGCCAGGCUGGUGACGUACCUGCCUGGGCUUCAUGUACUGGUCCGCCGGAUCGUUGGAUCCAACCGGAGAACAUUCUCUAAUGCUGGAUCUUCUGGCUCUGAUGAGUCUCGCAUAGCCAUCACACCCCCUGACCUUGGACCCAGGACCGUGUGGCCAGAUGAGAGCAUGGGCCCGUUUGGGCCUCAGGACCAGCGCUUUCAGCUGCCAGGUACCUGUGGCUUUGAUUGCCACCUAGAGGGGACGGUCGAACAGAGAAUGAAAGGCUCGGUCCACCGAAUGGUGCCUGACAUCCUGUCUGCCCCUUCCAGCAGCGAGAGGCAUGAGUUCAUCCUGGCCCAAUUUGUUGGAGAGUUCCAAGGGAAAGAGGCCUCUCCCCCAGAACAAAAUGUCAACAGAGCAGAACAGUACUUUGAUAACUCCAGUGUGGAGUGUGCCAUACAGUCCUGCCCUGAGCUUCUGAAGAAAGAUUUCGAGUCAAUGUUUCCGGAGGCCCCUAACAACGACAUGACUGUUGUCACGGUGACCCAGAAGACACAGAACGACAUGACGACAUGGUGUGAGGAGGUGGACAAAGAGAGAGAAUUGAUGCUAGACAAGUUUAUUGCUGGUGCCAAGGAGAUCUGCUAUGCCCUGAGGACAGAAGGCUUCUGGGCUGACUUCAUUGACCCAUCCUCCGGCCUGGCGUUUUUUGGGUCAUACACCAACAACACGCUGUUCGAGACAGACGAGAGAUACUGUAAUUUGGGCUUCAGCAUCGAGGACCUGGGGUGCUGCAAAGUCAUCCGGCACAACUUGUGGGGAACGCACGUUUUUGUGGGGACCGUUUUGACCAACGCACCUCCCCAUAGCCUUAUUAUGACAAAGCUGCAAGGGAACUAAACCUGAAGCAUGUGGGGUGUCAGGCAUAUGGCUGCUAUCAAAACAUGUCAUGUCUCUUUACACAGACCUAAACUACAGUGUCAGGAAGCUAUUUUUGUGUAGUUCACAUUUGUACAGAACCGCCUAAAAAAACUGUACUCUGAUAUGGGGACAUUCCCACAGUUCAUGGCGGUUUUACAAGUAUAUUUUUUUAGCAUCUCUGUCUGAGACAGUUAUUUUCAUUUCGUGUGUUGUGGUGGAAGGUCUGAUUUUAAUAGGGUCUCUCUUGCAAAGAUGAUAUGAUUUGAGACUAAGAGCUGCUUAAAUAAAGCUUCAUGUGGAUGGUUGAAGGAGUGGAACUUCAUUCCACCCUUGAUUUGGGGUGUCGCAUUUUUAUUAGAAGAUAAUGGUUUUAUUUUCUGAUUUCACUGUGAACCUCAUGCGUGCUUAUUUAAUUUUUGUGUUCAGAAGGGGGAAUUGUCCACUUCACAGGUCUUGAGAUCUAGUUAAAAUCCUUGUGUAUUAUAAUUGUGACUAAUCAAUGCACUGGGUUUAGAAACAUGAAGUGUGGGGCUUUACUCUUUCUGAGGUGUUCUUGAGGGUUUCACAUGUACAUGUAUUGAAAUGCAAUAAAUCCAAUAAUCCUCA